AUGACCACCGUAGUUAACUGGGCUGCUAACAAAGCCAAUGCUGGUUUCCUCAAUGCAGCCAACAAGGUUGAACAUCUUCUGGGGCAGGCUCUCCAAUUGAAGCCUGCCGAUCCCAAACACAUCGCAAUUGCGAUGGAGAUGGUCGCAUCUCUUAGUUUUACCUUCAGCAGCUACGCCUAUUCAGCAACCUCUGUGCCACCCAUGGUGCUCUCUGCCACCGCAGAGAUUCAUGAGCACCUGGACGACUCCUCCUGCAAUGUUGUCAGUGCCCCGGUCUGGUCCAACAUUCGCCCAGACGAUCCGCAGAGCCAGCAUAGCCUGCUUUACCCCCUCACUCUUGCCUAUGGCAAACCCCCACCACCCACCAAUCCUCCUGUUGCCGGUCCAUCUGGAUCCAACACCGCAGUCACCCAGGAUGCCAAUGUCCUUGCAGGCAAGGGCAAAGGCAAGGCAAGGCAAGAUCCUGAGGCUGAACCAACAGAACAGCGUGGCCGCGGUAUGGAACGCAAGCAACUCCGGUGCAUGAGCGCCCCCCGCAGUCAGAGUCGCGCGCCGAAGGCAAAAUGGCCGUGUGCCACCUCCAAGGCCAUGAUCACCAGCAAGGACGAAAGGGAGUUGGACAUGGCCAACAUUCCCCAACAGCAACCGGCGCCGGAGGCCAGGAAGAAGGCAUCCUUGCCCACCAGACUUCCUCCUGCCCUCAAGAAGACCUGGUCGCAAAGCAAGUCAUUCACCGUCACCAGCGACGAUGAGGAGGAUACCAAGCCGACGCCCAAACCUCCACCGAAGAAGAAGAAGACGUAUGUGGAGAUUGACAAUGAGAUGACGGCGAACAUUGGCCCAGUGCCGAAGAUGGGCAUGCCAUAUGUUCAGGUUCCGCCCGCACCAUCAGCUAUUGCCGGCAAUGACGCUGCUGAUCCCAACACAUGGUCGCCAGGUUGCAGCCCCUGCGUCCACCAAGGGCUUAUAUGCCUCCAAGGCUACAACAACUCUGGUGCGGCCACCUGA